AUGGCACCCCCGCCAUCGCUGAAGACACCGCCUACGCCGCCACGUCCCGCUGCCUCGACUCCCAGCGGAAGACUACAAGAUCGUCUUCCGCCCUGGAGCGCCAGCGUUGAGUACGGCAACGCCCGUGUCGAGGACCGCGUACGCAUCAACCCGUACAACUCUUUCACCCUCAGUACACCCCCGGAGCAACGCACCCGACAGUAUGUGCGAACCUCUGAGUUGCAUCUCGCCACCCAGCUGUACCCACUGCGCGCUUAUGUGGCCGCACCUGACAACGCCCUCCGCGGCAUAAUCUACAACGCCAUGGACAAUCAAAACCAAGAGGAGAUAAUCGAGGACCUGCAGGCUAUGAAUCCCAGCAGCACUUACGCCAUCGCCGACGCAAGGCAGAUGGGUCGCACCCGGUCCAUCCUGAUCACCUUCGUCGGCACGAAAGAACUCCCUCGCACCGUGGUGUUCAACUGCGGCCUGUUCAUCUGUCACCCCUUCCGCCCCAAGGCUGAAGCCUGUUUCAAUUGUUGGAGCCAUGGUCACCGCUCCGACGUAUGUACCAAGUCCAGGUCCGGACGCUGCCCACGCUGCGGAGCUGUGCACGCUACUCGGGACCCCCCUGACUGCACUCCUAAAUGCAUCUUGUGCAGCGGCACACAUGUCACGGGGUCCCGCCCGUGUAAGCUCCGCUUCGAACGGGGGGGUCCCACCCCACUCGCAUCCAGUCCCAAGUCAACGCCAUCCAACUCAGCGCAGUCAACACCAUCCGCCAGAGACAACCGCUCAUCGCGUCCCCGUCAACGAUCCAGCUCCCGAUCAAGCCAGGACCGCAGCCCCCGCCACCGCUCCGUCUCAUUUCCACCGCUACCGGGGCAAGACAACCCAUCGGCUGCUUCCCAGGUGAGCUGGCGAUCGCAGCCUCCCACACACGACCCCGAAAAAGAAAAGCUCAAAGCUCAAAUCGCAGCCCAGAGCAACGAGAUUGCCCUACUGAAAGAACAGCUGCAGGCGCUGCUCGCGCGCCCCCACCUCCCUACCUCAUCCCCUCACCAAACCUCACAACCCAUCGCUCUCCAGACCCCACCGCCACCACCUCCCGCCCCUAUGUCCGCCUCCUCUUCGGCCGCGUCUUCUCGUGCCGCCUCCCCCUCCCGCUGCCCUCCACAUAAGAGGCGCUCCUCUACCGAACCCGCCGCCACCCCGGAGAUGGAGGCUGUCAUCCGCCACACGGCCUCGUUCCUCGAGGCACAUGAACGACGCAUCAUGGCCGCCAUUACAGCUCUGCGUACGGACACGCAGAGCUGGAUGACUCAAAUUAACAACCGCAUGGCCAAAAUUGAGGCCCGCCAGAGUUCCCUCGAGGCCGAUCUUGCCCAGAUGACAAUUAAUGUCUCAUCCCUCCUCCCCUCAUCUUCAUCUCCCAAACACCCUGCACCAGCAGGGGCACCCAGGCCUCAAGAUGGCCAGACACCCCCCGCGCCUUAA